AUGUCUUAUUGCCCGACAGUUGAAAAGUAUGGCUAUGAAGACUGUCGAUUUGAAAGCAAUGUCGACGAAAAUUUUCAUUGUUCUAUAUGCUAUAAUGUUCUCAAGGAACCAAGGAUGUGUACAAAGAAUGAACACGUCUUUUGUCUUGCCUGUAUCACUCAGUAUCUGAGUGUAAACUCUCAAACUUGUCCGGGAUGUAGCGAACACUUGAGUGCAGAUACGCUACGUCGAGCACCGCGUGCAUUGAAUAAUUAUUUAUCCAAUCAAAGGAUAAAUUGCGAUUAUGCCAAUCGAGGAUGUCCAGAGUUUACCGGUGUUGAAGAACUCAAAACUCAUGUUGCCAAUUGCGACUUUGCUCCUGUGUUGUGUUCAAACCGCGAGGAAUGCAGUAUGGUAAUUAACAAGAAAGAUAGAGUCCAUCACGAGACUGUACUUUGUGAAUAUAGAAAGUCAAAGUAUUAUAGCUGUGAACAAAUAGAAGAAGAUGACGGAGCAUUGAAAGGAACUUUAAUGGAAUUGGAUGGCGGAGUAAAAACUGCUAAGCUGAAAAAGUUAGAGAACAGUCAUGUUGAGAUGGAAAAGACCGUGGGAAAGUUGGAAGGAAGUUUUGUGGAACUGGAUGAGAACGUGCAAGCAGCAACUCAAAGGAUAGAGAACAAUCAUCUUGAAAUGGAAAAAAUUGUUGGAAGAUUGGAAGGAAGUUUAGUCGAACAAGUGGAAACAAUAAAUAAAAGGCAUGAUGAAAUUCAACAAGAAGUAAAGAACGAAGUCAGAGAAGUUAGGAAAGAAGUAAGAGAUGUGAAAGAGAAUCUUUCCAAAAUGAACAAAGAAGUGGAUGAAGUCAAGGCCAUGAUGAGUCAAAUACUGGAAAAGAUAAAUGUGCUCGAACGGAUGAACGAACUGCCAUCUCCGACAGAGGAAUUGUUGAACAACCUAAAGGAAGACAUUUUAGUUGCAGGUGGAUAUUGUCUUUCGGUGAAAACUAGCAAAAGUACUGAAAUUUAUUCCUGGGAGAAAAACGGUUGGUUUGAAGUGUCACCAAUGAAUGAUGAGCACAUUGGAGCUUCAUUAUUUAGUUAUAAAGAUCAGUUAUUUGUCGUUGGAGGAGACGGUAGCAAGAAGAUAGAGACCUUGGAUCUCAAUGAAUUCCCUUUGAAAUGGACGAAAUUUUCUGGAGAACUUCCUAACAAGUGUGAUGAUCACCAAACUGUUGUUUACGGACAGCGUGUCAUUCACAUUGGUGGAUAUAUCUCUGGCAAAUCGAAACGGUCCAAAGUGAUUAGUGAAUUGGAACUUACUUCACCUUGCACUUUGAAAGAGUUGUGCCAAAUGCCUGAGCCAAGAGAUUGUCAUGGCGCUGAAAUACUCGAAGAUAAAGUCUUGAUCCUGGGAGGACAAAAAUCUCACUAUUGUAAACAUGCUAUGGAGAGUGUGUUGGAGUUUGAUGCGAAGAAGAAUGAAUGUAAGGAGUUGCCACCAUUACCACAUCCUUUGACGGAACUGGCAACGGUUCGCUGGCGAGAUCAGGUAGUCGUUCUUGGAGGUCGUGAUAAGAAUGGUCAAGUUCUUAAUGAUGUUUUCAUGUAUGACUGCAAGACGGGAAAGAUCACAGUCUUACCAUCCAUGUUGGAGAAGAGAUAUGAAUGCUGUUCAGUUAUCACUGGAAAUACAAUUGUAGUCAUGGGAGGUAUCAAUGAGGCAGAUGAAUUUCUCAAUUCAGUGGAGUGUUUUACAAUGGGAGGUUCUACAUGGGAUUAUCUUCCUGCCAUGAAUAAAGCCAGGUACAGAGCAGUUGCUGACGUUUUGCCUUCCCCACACAAAUAUGUGUGACAUUUAUUAAGACGUUUAUUAAGCCUGGUUCACACUAGCAACUCUAUCGGCGAUUUCUUUCCUCCUGGCAAAUGUGAUCGAAUGAAUGACGUGCAAAAGGCUUAGAAUUGUUUACUUCUGAAAAGCGAAUCCACUCAUUUGCAUCCGUCAAAAACACAAAAUCGGCGACAAAAUUGCUAGUGUGAAACAAGCUUUUUGAAGUCAUCAGUAAUCAGUAAGGUACCAUUAACGCUUAACUGUGUUGUUUUGUAAAAAGACGAAAAGGAUACUCCGUCUUUUCUAAUACUCCAGUACUCUUCGGUAUCAAUCCUGACUGUGGCGAUCAAAAUUGCACGAGUCCGAAGGACGAGUGCAAUUUGAAGUCUUUGAAACUCACGAAACAUGUUUUUCCAAAUUACACGAGAAACCAUAUUAUUACUUGUUAAUGAUAUACAUGCAGAAAAGUUCAAACGCUUCGCGAUAACACUUGUGCACUCACCUACGCCAUUUAAGCAUUGUUUUCAUUGUUUAUUAGCAAACCUUUUCAGUUUAUGUGCUCCCUGUACAAAAAAUUGUUAUAUUCAAGUACAAUUUUACAUUGAAAGUGUGCAAAAUUCGUCAAAAAAGUGGGCAUUUACAUUGCUACUAUCUGCCGCUAGCCAAUCGCCGGCCUCCUCCGCAGGCAUCUCAUGGUUCACUUAGAAAGUCCGCCAAUCUAAAGGAAAUGCCUGCGGAGGAGGCUAAGCCAAUGAGAAUUGAGUAAUUUUUUCAUCUAUUAUAAUAGUAUACUUUUUGUCUUUUUACAAAGUGAUGCAGCCGAGCGUUUAAUGGCUGUGACGUGACGCGCCAUGGAGCGAGGGCGCAAACUUAACUCCUCUGCAUUUAAUGCACAUUUUAUACUGCUACUUUUACAAAAUUAGAUAGAUAAAUAGAUAGUUUAUUCAUCUCUGAUCAUAUAUAACCUCCAAUUCUGAAGAGAAUCUGCAAAAAAGCAGACUUUACAAUUAUGAAUAAAUUAUUAUAUAAGUAGCUACAAUUUAUUAAAAAUAGUAAAAAGUCAAUAUUAAAAUUUUAAAACGUAGUUAUAAAUUAUGAAAGUGUCAAUAUUUGCAGUUAAUUAAUCUACACUAUUCGUUAACUUGUAUCAAAAUGAGAUCAUGCACUUUCCGCCUGAAAUGCCACGGUCUUCAUUUUAUUUAUAGUCAAGAAGAUUUUGAAGGCCUGCAUGCACUGCUCGUGGCCUUGUCCUGUGCCCCGUUUAAUAAUAUUUCCAUUUAUGAUUGCGAUCGUUGGUUUAACAUUGAUGAUCGUAAGUUGCAGUGGAAAGAAUUAUUUUAUGACUGCAGUGCCAGUGAAGGAACAUAUCCCUACCAAAUUCAUAAAAGACAUUAA